UGCCAUAACUGCUGUGGUCGAGCCGCUCGGGUACAGAUUUAACAGAGAGGAUGGGUGGGUGGAGGGCUGUACGGGGAUGGAGAGAGAGUAGAAGGAUCCCAUGACGCCCAGCUCCAUAAUGACAUCACCGGGUCUAAAACAAGCGCAAGAGGGAGAUGGGAGGCACCCCACACUUAUUAGAUUUUGUUGUAAGGUCCUGCUCACAAGUGAAGAUGCUGCUGCGCCUCUGUGAGGGAAGCUGCAAUGAGCGGCUGAAUCUCUGCGUCCCGCUGAACUUCUGGAGCACCGAGGAGCCAGAAUAAUAACUCCUGAGACGCACAGACUGAGGCAGCUCGGCGUGGAUAAUUUAACCACCGAAGGAAGAAGCUGCGCGUUUUUGACAGCACGUCUUGGCUUCGUGCGCAGCGCUGGAGAGCUCCGGGUUGACUUGGGUGGACUGGAAACGCUGACAUCGGGCUGUCAUCUGCCACGAAGUAUCGUGUGUGUUUUUCAGUGAAACGAUGUAAAUAUUUGUAUUGCAUUGCUUGUUGUUUCAGUUUUUUGCUCGCUAUUCAGAUGAGACGCUCCGCUGUACGCGCGUCUCCAAACGAGGACGCACGGAGAUUCAGCUUCAGAUUGCACAAGUGUCAACAUUUACUCUAACCCGAUCUCUCAUAUUCAGUGUAAACGACUCCAAAUUCUAAUAUCACAAAUUAAUUCUUCCCGUUUUUGAGGACAGCAGCCUGGUUGAGCCAUUUUGGAGAAAGGUACAUUUUGCGCAAAACAAGUUUUUGAUUGUUUGGACUUUAACUCUGCAAGGACUGAAGGACGGCAGUUUUGGGAGGGAAGUUCGUUCUACAAAGUGGCAUAAUUGAAGAGCACUGAUCUGUGUCUUGACGCAUUGCCCAGGACUGCUUCGUGUGCUUAAAAUGGACUUGGAGGACCUGCCGUGGGGGGCACAGGGGAGCUUUCAUUUGGAGAAAACACAGAGACAAAGCAAGUGAGAUAAGUCUGGAAAGAUAACCCCAGCAUGGCCUCGGUUCUGGACAACGGCUGCUCCAUGGAGCUGAGCAGCUUGAACAGCAGUGUGAGCAUCUCCGGAGCCUCCGUGCCCUGCAACCAGAGCAUCCCGAAGCUCGCCCCUUACUCCCCCGAAGCCACGGCGGCCUUUGCCACCGCCAUAACCCUGAUGGUGCUCUUCACCAUCGUGGGAAACAUCAUGGUCAUCAUCGCCGUGCUGACCAGCAGGUCUCUCCGAGGUCCGCAGAACCUCUUCUUGGUGUCUCUGGCCGCUGCAGACAUUUUGGUGGCCACACUCAUCAUCCCCUUCUCCCUGGCCAACGAGCUGCUGGGCUACUGGUACUUCAAAUCUCUGUGGUGUGAGAUCUACCUGGCGCUGGAUGUGCUCUUCUGCACCUCCUCUAUCGUGCACCUGUGCGCAAUCUCCCUGGACCGCUACCUGUCCAUCUCCAGGGUCACUUACGGGCGUCAGCGGACUCCGAAGCGCAUCAAAGCCGCGAUUGUAGUGGUGUGGCUCAUUUCUGCCAUCAUCUCCUUCCCUCCCCUGCUCUCCCUGAACAAAAGUGAGGGAGGCAACCCAGGGAGUAAGGGAGGACCUCAGUGCCAGCUGAAUGAUGAGGGCUGGUACAUCCUCUACUCCACCAUUGGCUCCUUCUUCGCCCCAUGUCUCAUCAUGAUCCUGGUCUACAUAAGAAUUUACCAAAUAGCCAAGCAGAGGACACGCUGCCCCCCAGGAGAGCCCAGGAAGGAUGGGGUUGGCUGUGCAACGCCAAGUCAGCCUCCUCGACACGCACAAGCCAACGGGAAGAAUGAGGAAGAGAGCACUCCCCCUUCAUCCAACAAAACCUCAAACGCCAGACCCCCUACCCUCGCCAUAACCCCUUCCCCAGCCUCAGGAGAGUCUCAGAACUCCCAGAAUCCCACCGCCAAUAAUCUCCUGCAGCCUCCAUCCCCUUCUCCAGCCAUGUCCCCGGUCACUGCCUCCCUUGAUACCUCUCCUCACGGCCCCUCGACCCCUUCCUCUGUGCCUCUGUCUGCGCACAAGACGAAAGAGGAGGGGAAGAAGGGCAAGCGUCUGGGAGGGAAGAAGGCCGACAACAACAACGGUGACAGCUCGAGCACAGAAAGUGACAUGGAGCACAGCCAUGGAGGAGGUCGAGGCAGCACCAGCAUGCCAGGGUCCCCAGGAGGAGGGGGGAUCCAUUCCCCGGCCUCAGUGAAGCGCUACAGGGAUAUGAUCGCCACUUCAAAGGGGGCUCGGCUGGUGCCAGGGAGAAAGUCAAAAACAGACACCAACCCUGGAGCAGCGAGGCGUAAAGCCAUGGUGAACAGAGAGAAACGCUUCACCUUUGUUCUGGCGGUGGUUAUCGGUGUCUUUGUGGUGUGCUGGUUCCCUUUCUUCUUCUCCUACUCCCUGCAGGCAGUGUGCCCACAGACCUGCGCCAUCCCAGACGCACUCUUUAAGUUUUUCUUCUGGAUUGGUUACUGCAACUCUUCACUCAACCCUGUCAUAUACACCAUCUUCAACAAAGACUUCAGAAAGGCCUUCAAAAAGAUCCUGUGCAGAGGCACCAAGGGUACUUUCUUCUAGCAUGAAAAUCUGCUGUAGAGGACAUGAACACACACACACACACACACACACACACACAAAUAAAAUAAAAUAAAAUAAAACGCUGUUUAUGAGGCAAAAAAAACAACAAUCAUUUCCAUUUUUCAGAACACUCAAAGGGCUGUUUUAAAAACAUGUCAAACUGUGCAAAUUCCAGCGUAAAAUUCAGAACUGAGACACUUUUACAGACGCAGCGUGCAAGCAGGCAACUUGGACUGUGAAAUCCCAGCACUGAGAGUCACAAAUUUUUACAGGGUAUGGGAGGACAUGAAAAAGAAGCCGAGCAGGACUUCAUUUUACUGCUUUGCACUUCAGUAUUGCUGACAAGUUUUCCAAUGCAAAGUUUUAUCUCCACAUCACACUGAAUAAAUACCAGUUCUGAGAGAAAAAGUGGUGCAGCACAGAAGAAAUGUUACAAAACCGAUGAUGGGUCAGUAAGAAAUCAGAAGAACUGACUCCCCAAUAUGUAUACAGACUCUUUCAUAUAAAUAUAUAUAUAUAUAUAUAUAUAUAUGUAUAUAUAUAUAUAUAUAUAUAUAUAUAUAUAUAUAUAUAUAUAUAUAUAUGUAAUGUUUUGUAGCUACUAAAGACUCUACGACUAAUGGGGAGAAAAGACGGGUUAAUAGGAAGGAAAAGUGACCUUAGAUUCUUGUGAGCCUAAGGCCUUCUAUUCAUCGAUACAGAGCACAAGGAGCACACAAGGUUAGCUGUGAUUUCUUACGUCUGCAGUCUUAAUUUGCCCGGCUGUAGGGCAAACAUGUGUUCCUUGAUUUUUAUCUAAAAAUGCAGCAACAAGAGAGGGUUUCUGAUUAGCUCCAAUAUGAUAGCACAAACAAGGGCACCCUUUCAGACUCAUGUGUGUGGAAAGCCUUCACGUCAGAAAUCUUUUGCUCUUAGCUCAGUAUUGAUCACAAUGGACACUCAGGUUGUUUGUAAAGAUUCUCCUUUGCUUUCAUGAAAUGUCGAAUAAACUCAAAUGUUACGGAUUUUGGACUUCAAAGAAAAUCACAUUUAUGUUCUGAAGAUGUGGAUGGUUGGACACUCUUUCCACCUGAACCAUCACAUUCAUGAACUGACCUGUCUUCUUCAGCAUGUCUCAGUAUUUGGACAUUUCUUCAACAAUAAAAGCUUUUUUUGAGCUUCAGUAUCUAAUGGGAGGUGCAUCUGCUGAAGACUGACAAAAAAACCAAACUGAUUCUCAUGAUUAUUUAACUUGUGAACAUGAUUUCCCUGCUUCCUGAGGAGCAGCAGUAUUUACCAGGUAGACGUUCAUUUUGACUUUGAAGGCUGGAUGAACAAUGCAAUUAUGGGUGAUGUUACCCCUAAUUAGGCCUACAUGGGUUCCACCGAGAACCGUCUGGGUGAGUCACUCUUUAUCAACGCCUCUGGCACAUCAUUGCCUGCAGCGGACUUCUACGUGGCACAUUUGGCAUGUUGCUGAGAGGCAAAGGAGGACGAACACUUAUUUUUCUCACCAAGACACCGAGGCUCUGUCAGUUUCCUCGACAAAAAGAGGAAGAAAAAAAAACAGUGUCUGUAACUGUGAACAGCACACAGACUUAUUGACUCAAUGGGACAAGGGCUGUCAGCAGCAACACAUCAACUUACUAACUGUCUAAUUCUGCUGACCUGUGUGAGUGUGUGCGUGUAUGUGUGCGUGCAUGUUGACUUUUAUUGUUCUGUAGAAAGUGUCAGUGCCUCCUCUGGCUGCUAUGUACUGCAGAUCUACUGUAAUAUUGAAGAACAGAGACCAGAUUUUGUUCUUUUUCUUUUUUUUGUUGUUGUUUUUUGGUAGGCAUCGCAUUGCUGUCUGUCAUGUGAACGUUUCACUUGCUGGGAGGAUCAGCAGUAAAACAGUAUAGCUGCGUUAAGAAAGUCUUAUCGGUGAUAGUGAGUACAUGGCUUUUUAGUGAUCACCCUCAAGGGACCAAAGAGCCUUAUUGGACAUGAGCCUGUCUCAGUGAUUUCUGGCUCUGUGUUGCUUUAACGACAUAUUAGUUUAUAUUUGGUGUAUGUGACGGGAGGCAAAGGUUGAAAUUAUUGUAUUAUUUAUUUCAAGCUAUUUUGUGUUUUCUGUCUGUUGCCUAUUUAUUGUUCAGUUACUGUGCUUUUAUUAUGAAAACGAAGCAAAUUGAAACUGAUCAAAGAGCGAGAACACACUUAAGAUCUCGAAUAAGAGCAAAUUUGACUUCUGCCAUUAGGCUCUUGCUUUGUGAGCUAUAUUUAAAGCUUGGGGGAUGUAUUUGUGUUGAACUGAAGGAACAUGAACUUUGAGUUAUGUGCACAAUGCAGAACCCAGAAUGCAACAUUUAUCAUCAUUGUUUCAUCUAGUUAUAGUACAGUGAAAAUGUUCAGACAUACAAGCACAUUCAUGGAUGUACAAAUGAUCAAGCAUACUGCUACAGGAAAACUCUCUCCUCACCACUGCUACUGUUGUCUACCUUCUCCUUAAAAAAGCGAACAAAUACGAAAAUGUCAAUAGCACCCGCAGUCAGUUUCAGCUGGACGAUUCGCAGGAUAUUAAGGCUACAAUCCAUACCAUACACAGCUGCUGGAAGAUUUAAAUAAAUGAUUAAAUCAGACGGUUACAAGUAAGAACUCUCUGCACUUAUACAACUGAUCCCUGCCUUCAUUUGAAAUUCUUACUUUCCUCACCAGAAAUACAAACAAUAAAACAGCUACAACUGUAACAAAAAUAGCCACAAAAGGCCAAUGGAUUCAUGGCUGCAUCCAAUUAAUAGGAGUUGCAAUGCUGCUCAAACUCACCAACCAUGGCUUUAUGUGGUGAGGCUGCUGCUUUGUUUGUUUUAAAAAAAGUAAGAAUUCCGGCUUAAAGGUGACAGGUGCAGUAAUCUGCCUCUUGAUCACCCUCCUUUCCCCCUGAAACCGCCUGUAUUGCCUCUUCCCCAACUGUGUUUGGACCGAAACUGCCUGGUCUGAGCUUUGCAGUCUUCUAUCCCCCCAUCUGUCAUCACUCCUCUCCAGUUUUGGAAAUAAAGCUACUUGAAAACGCA